AUGAGUUUACAAUAUCUACCGCUAUUACCAAAUGAAAUCAUGGAAUAUCUUAUUGAAUGGCGUCCAUUAUCACUUGAAGAAAAUGGCUUAUUUAAAGUUUUGGGAACUAAUCAAUCUGCACCAUCAAUUGUUUCAAACUUUAAUCAAUUUCUUGAAAACUUUGUUUCAAAAUAUGAUUAUGAUUUAUGGAAAGAUUUAAUCGAUUGUAAUUUAUUUAUCGUUGCCGGAGGAUCAAUCGUGUCAUCUUUAUUCGUUGAUCAUCAAAAAGAAAAUACGUCAGAUAUUGAUCUAUUUUUUUUAAAAGAAGAAACACAUUUAUUCAAAAAAGCUGUAGUAAGAUAA